AUGAGUAAACAGAAGAGCAGUUCCCGAGCGCUGAAGACGGCUAAAGGGAUGCGAGACUACGAACCGCACCAAUUGGCGGUCAGAGAGCGGGUCUUCGCCGCCAUCAACGACUGCUUCCGAAGACACGGCGCCCUUCAGAUCGACACUCCUGUCUGCGAACUCAAGGAGACCCUCACCGGGAAGUAUGGCGAAGACUCCAAACUCAUCUACGAUUUGGCCGAUCAG